AUGCGAUUAUCCUCGAUCGCUAGAAGCCAAAAAGAGAAUCCAUCGCUAGAAGUCAAUCUCUCUCCGUCACCAAUGGGAAGUGCAAGUUCUGUGAACGUCGCUAGAAGCCAAGAAGAGAACCCAUCGCAAAAUCAGAGAGAGACGUCGCCUAUUACACAAGAACGGGAGGAGUCUAAAACCCUAGUUCAUGAAGAUUCGAAUGAAACAAAGGAAAAAGAAGAGGAAGAUAAUGAAGAGUGCGGUUUUUGCACUUACAUAAAGGGAGGUGAGUGCAAGGACUCAUGGAUAGAAUUGGAGAAGUGCUUGGCUGAUGCCAAGAUGAACGAGAGUGAAAGUGAAGUCACGAAGUGCAAGGAGGCGAGAAAGAUGUACAAGACUUGUCUUUAUGACAACCCUGUUUACUAUGAGCCCAUUAUUGCUGCGGAAACUUAUAUGCUUGCCAAGAUGUUAAGCGAUCUGCAAGCCAAAAGAGAGACCGUUCUUGUUGACAGGGCUCAAGUGGUUGCCAAGAUGUUAAGCGAGCUACAAGCUGAGAAGGAGGCCAUUCUUUCUGGUGAUGCUGCAUCCGUUGUUAAUGCGUUAAGCAAGCUGCAAAAAGAUGAGGUACGCAUUGAGAUUUUGCCUGCUGAGGCUGAAGCAAUUGCAAAGAAGUUUAGCGAGUUGGAAGCGAAAAAGAAGAAGGAGAAGGAGGAGAAGGAAGAAAAGUGA